CGACAUGGCAGUGGAAUCAUAAAAUUAAAUGGCUGCUGUAGUUUGUUUUGUUAGACAUUUUAAAAGUGAUAUCUCUUAAAAAAAUAAAAAUGAAAUUACGGUGUCAAUAGUAAAUAUGAGUGAGAGAAAAUUCACCCGGGCUUUAGGUAAGCCCGGGAUGGCUGCACAACUCAGAGAAACAGUUUCUCAAGUUGUUCGUGAGAGUACAGUCCAGAAUAAACCGCAUUUAGUGGAUCCAAUAGAUUUUGAAAGUUUUAUAUUAAAAAAUAAAACAUUAAUGCAAAAUGAUCCACAACGUGAGCUAUUGCUGUAUCCACCGGAUGAUGUGUCUCAAGUUGUAUUACCGAGAAGAUACCGAACAAUACAACCAAUUGUACAAAAUAUUUUAGAACAGUCAGACGGCAGUGAGAGUCUUUUAACGAAAGAAUGUUUAAAAAGUUAUGCAUCAAAUUGGAAUUUAGUUCACUAUAAAUAUGCCGCGUACAGUGGCUCAUAUCUUGAUUUACCAAAGCUGUCAAAAGGUAAUGAGCUAAAGGAGGAAAUUUAUGAAAUUGAUACGGAUGUAGAUCAAGUGGAUGAGGAAAUGAUGAAAAGUGAUGGUAUUACAAAAGAGGGAUAUUUAAUGAAAGGUCCGGAGAUUGGUAGUAGUGAUCGUAUGUUUGUCAAUAUUGGAUCUAAAUCAUUUAAACGACGUUUUUGUCAUUUAAGACAAGAAGUUGAUGGGACUUAUAUUCUUGAAUUAUUCAAAGAUGAAAAAAAAGGUGAAGCUAAAUUUACGAUUGUUAUGGAUUUUUGUACCGAUGUUGUGAGAAAUCCAAAACGCGGUAGGUUUUGUUUUGAAUUACGCAUGAGUGGUACUCAUAAAUUUUUUACAUUUGCUGCUGAUAAUGAAACAGAAAUGCAAGAAUGGUUAUUAAAAUUGAGUUCAGUCUUACAGCAUUAUAAACAGCAAGAAGAAAAACGUGCUGCUUCAUUAGAACGUACUUGUCAUACACCACCACCAUCACCUGUACCAGUACAAACUUAUGGUACAUUAAAAGGAUUAGACCAAAGUAUGAAUCCACAAUUAAUUAAAUAUUCACGUGAAACAGAUACAAGUAUAUUAUUAAGUAGACGAGAAAAUAGAAAAAGUUUAUUUAGUUUAUAUCAUCAUUUAACGCUUGGUAAAACCCAAGGUAAUUUAAUUGACGGAAAUAUUGAUCCUUAUAAAGAACAAUUUGGACAAAGAAUAUUUAUAAAAUGUGAAACAUUAAAGUUUCGAUUACAAGCACCUAUUGAAGAAAAUGAAUCUCUAUGUCAAGUUGAACCUUAUUACACAACAUUGAGUUUAUUCGACGCAAGAAAUGGUAAAAAAUUAUCGGAAAAUUUUAAUUUUGAUAUUAAUCAUGAAAUAGUGCGUGACAUAAUUCAAGAAUUGAGUCCUGUAAGUGAAUUAACAGAUAAUGAUAAAGCUGAAUUACCAAGUGAAUUUAAAAAGAUACCAGAUAAUUGGAUAAAAUAUCCGAAACAAGCAAUAUUCAGUAUUAGUAAUCCACAUCCUGAUAUUUUUCUCGUAGUAAGAAUUGAAAAAAUACUACAAGGAAGUAUUUGUCAAACAUCUGAGCCUUAUAUUCGCGCUACAAAGGAUCCUCGGUUAGGUCUUAAAGUACAUAAAAAUGUACGAGCCUACUGUCAGAGACUCGGCAAUUAUCGCAUGCCAUUUGCUUGGUCAGCGAGGCCGUUAUUUAGACUUUACAGUAAUGAGCUUGAUACAUCGUCAGACUUUCCAGCAAUUUACCGACAAGAAAGUAAUAAAAUGCGGGAUGAUGAGAUACUAAAGAUGCUUACAGAGUACAGGAAACCUGAUAAAUUAAGUAAAUUAACUGUUAUACCUGGUUGGAUAAAACUUACAAUUGAACCACUAUCUGAAAUUCCUGAAAAUACAUUAACCACAUCUUAUGCGCCAUUGAAACCAUUUCCUUUGCCGCCUGUUAAUAAUCCAACGUACGAAAUAGCUGAAUUUGAAAGUACAUCUGAAAAAGAUGUACAUCCUUACACAACAUAUAUUAAUCAUUUGUAUAUUUAUCCUCAAAUUUUAAAUUUUGAUACGCAAAAAAUUUUCACAAGAGCAAGAAAUAUCGCUUGUAUUGUUGAGCUACGUGAUGAUGAUAAUGAAAAUGCUAAACCAUUGAGAUGUAUUUAUGGUAAACCUGGCUCACAAAUAUUAACAACACGUGCCAGUUGUACUGUUUUACAUCACAGUGCAGUACCAUCAUGGUAUGAAGAAAUAAAAAUGAGAUUACCUCCAAAAUUACACAAUAAACAUCAUAUUUUAUUUUCAUUUUAUCAUAUUAGCUGUGAUAUGCGAAAAAAAGAAAAUGGUGUUGAAAAUUGUGUUGGUUAUUCAUGGAUGUUGUUAUUGCAUAAAGGUAAAUUAACAGUUGAUAUGGAAAAUAAUAUACAAACAUUACCAGUUGCAACAGAUUUACCACCAGGUUAUUUAUCAAUUCAACCUCUUGGUCUUGGUAAAGGUAAUGCUGGCCCCGAUAUCACUUGGAUUGAUGCACAGCGACCAAUAUUUAAUGUAUCGUUUCAAUUAGCAUCAACGGUGUUUACACGAGAUCCACAUUUACAUAAUUUAUUUAUACAUGCGGAAAGAAUAUUGGAUAAUAAAUUGUCUGGUAUACCGUCUGAUUCUGAAACUUGUAAAAUAUUAAAAGCUGCUCAUGCUAUACAACUAGUUACUGCAAUAACAUUCCUACCAACAAUAUUAAAUCAAUUAUUUUCAUUAUUAACGUGCAAUCUAAGUGAUGAAGUUGGUCUUUAUAUUAUAAGAUUGUUAAUACAUAUUAUUAAUUUAAUUUAUAAAGCUCAAAGAAAAGAUAUCAUUAAUGCUUAUGUUAAAUUUGUAUUUAUAUUACCUUCAAAAAAUAUCGCGACAACAACAGUACAUGAACAACUUGCUAAAUAUUUACCUAUUUUAUUACAUCCAAACAAUACUGAUUUUUUGGUUGUCAAUAAAUUUAUGCAUCAUUCCAAUUUUUUCAUUGAUAUUAUGGUUAAAAGUAUGGCACAACAUAUGCUCACUAGUGGACGAAUUAAAAUGCAUCGUAAUGAAAGAUUUACAAAAGAUUAUCAUGAUAGCAUUACAAAAUUAUUACAAGUUCUUACACCAUAUCUUAUGAAUAAAUAUAAAGAUAUGCCGGUUGAAACCCAUGAACUUAACAAAAGUCUUGCACAAUUUUUAAAAAAAUGUCUUACAUUUAUGGAUCGUGGAUUUGUAUUUUCAUUAAUUAAUGACUAUAUGGACAAUUUCUCACCAGGGGAUGCUCGGACCUUGCAAGAUUUUAAAUUUACAUUCCUACAAAUAAUAUGUUCACAUGAGCAUUAUGUGUCAUUUAAUUUACCCAUGAUGCAGACGCGUGUUACAAGUAAGGACUCAGAAUCAGAGCCGGAAGGUGAUGAUUUAAUGUUGGAGUAUUGUUUGUCUCAAGAUUUCUGCAAGUAUCAUUUUCUUGUGGGUUUAUUAUUACAAGAAGUUAAAUCAUCAUUAAAUGAAGUUGUACAAAUUCGUAAAGUUGCUAUAGCUACUCUACGGGAUUUAUUAGCAAAACACGAAUUGGAUGAUAGAUAUCAAAACAAAGGCCAAUUGAGUCGUAUUGCUGCUAUUUAUAUUCCAUGGUUGGGAGUUGUUUUAGAAAAUUUACAUAGAUUACAAUCAGUUUAUGAGACUGAUCUAAAGACUGAAUUAAAACAAAAUCACGCCAAUCGAUUGUCAAGCAGCAGCAGUAAUUGUUUAAUAAAUAAAGAUCCAGUUAAUGGAGUUACAGUUACAGAUACACCUAAAUCUGUCCACAGAUUUACACUACAUUUGGAUUCACAAUCUCCAAUAAGAGCAUCAAUGCAUCUUAGAGAUUCUACUUAUUUUGCGGCUAUUGCUGGACAAGGUUUAGCCAAUGGAUUUUCUUGUACUAGUAUUGAAUCAAGUACAUCGACAUUAUCGAGUACAUCUCAUUCACUUGUUUCACAAGAAACUACAAUAGCUCGAGAACCUGCGGAAAAUGGUGUAUCUGAAAAAAAAGGUCAUUCUCGAUCAGUUAGUGUCACUCAGACAUCAUCAAGAUGUGAUAAACUUCAGUCAUCUGAAAUGAAAGAUUUAUUAUUAUGCUUUUUGUUUGUUGUUAAAUAUUUGGGUGAUCAUCAAGUAAUUGCAUGGUGGCAACAAUGUUCUGAAACCGAAAUAAUAAGUUUUUUUAGUGUAAUUGAAAUGGGUUUAUAUCACUUUAAAUAUGUUGGUAAAAGAUUAAUUAUAGCAAACACGAGUGCUACUAAUAGUGGAAAACCUAAGACUGUUAAAGCCAUGACAUUGCCAGCUCGAAUGGCACCACCAGAUUUUUCAAAUGAUGCAUCUGGUACUGGUACAUUACAACCACAUAAUACUUCGACACGUGAAAAUUUAGUCGAUGAAGAUAAUGCACUUAAUCAUCAGGCAUUAUUAGAAGCAAAUAUGGCUACUGAAGUUGGAUUAAUUGUUCUCGAUUGUCUUGGAUUAUUUUGUAUUCAUUUUAAAGAUAUACUUCUUGUAAAUGAUGGAGAUAAUCCCGUAAUGCAAAAACUUUUCAAUAUUUAUUUAUCAUUUCUUCAACUUGGUCAAUCUGAAACAUUAUUUCGUCAUGUUUUUGCAAGUCUACGAGCCUUUUUAAAUAAUUAUUCAACUGCAUUAUUUAAAGGUAAUGCAGUAUUUUGUGGACGUCUUUGCUAUGAAUUAUUACGCUGCUGUAAUAAUAAAUUAAGUUCGAUAAGACAAGAAUCGUGUGCACUGCUUUAUUUAUUAAUGCGUAGUAAUUUUGAAUUCACUAAUAGAAAAGGUUUAAUUCGCGUACAUUUACAGGUAAUAAUAUCAGUAUCACAAAUGCUUGGGAAUGUAAUUGGAUUAAAUAAUUCACGAUUUCAAGAAUCACUUUCGCUUAUCAAUAGUUAUGCGACAUCUGAUAAAGUGAUGAAAGGUACUGGUUUUCCAGUUGAAGUUAAAGAUUUAAAUAAAAGAAUUCGUACUGUUUUAAUGGCUACUGCACAAAUGCGAGAACAUAACAAUGAUCCGGAAAUGCUUGUUGAUUUACAACACAGUUUAGCCAAUUCAUAUGCUAGUACACCGGAAUUACGGCAUACUUGGCUUGAAACUAUGGCACGUAAUCAUGCUAGAGAUGGAAAUUACUCUGAGGCUGCCUGUUGUCAAUUACAUAUCGCUGCUUUAAUGGCCGAGUAUUUAAAAUUAAAAAAAAUUCAUUUAUGGGGAGCUGAAGCAUUUGACAAAAUAUCUGUUAAUAUUUCUAGAGAUGAACGAGGGCUUAAGCUCGAUGCUGGUGAGAUUUGGGUGCAAGACAUCCAUUAUAAUGAAUCAACUCUGUUGGAACAAUUGGAGAGUUGCGCUGAAAUGUUAGAAAAAGCUGAACGUUUUGAAUUACUUGGACCAUUGUAUCGUUUAAUUGUUCCCAUUUAUGAAAACAAGAGAAAUUAUAAUGCAUUAGCUAAUUGUUAUUCUCAUUUGACUCAAGCAUGUAAUAAAAUUGUUGAAGUCACUAAAACAGGAAAAAGAUUACUCGGAAGAUUUUAUCGCGUUGCAUUUUUUGGAUCUGCAUAUUUUGAAGAAGAAAAUGGUCAAGAAUAUAUUUACAAAGAACCUAAAGUAACGUCAUUAUCAGAAAUAUCUGAACGAUUACAACGAUUGUACGCUGAAAAAUUUGGUGUAGAAAAUGUUAAAAUGAUAAUGGAUUCAGCGCCAAUAAAAUUAAAUGAUCUUGAUCAAAAAAUAGCUUAUAUUCAAGUUACGCAUGUGACACCGUAUUUUGAAAAAAUGGAAUUAGAAUCACGAUUAACGGAAUUUGAACAAAAUCAUGAUGUUUCAUGUUUUAUGUUUGAAACUCCAUUUACUCAUGAAGGUAAACCACGUGGUAAUCCUGAAGAUCAAUGGAAACGAAGGACAAUAAUAACAACACAAUAUUCAUUUCCAUAUAUUAAAAAACGUAUUCCAAUAAUAGAAAAAAAAGUAAUUGAAUUAACACCAAUAGAAGUGGCAUUAGAUGAAAUGAGACAACGUGUACAAGAAUUAGAAGAUGUUGCGUUAAUAGCACCAACUGAUGUUAAAAAAUUACAGUUAAGACUCCAAGGCAGUGUUUGUGUUACUGUUAAUGCUGGACCGUUAACAUAUGCAUCAGCAUUUUUAGAUCCUGCAUUAUCACCACAAUACCCUGAUGACAAAGUUGACGAAUUGAAAGAUGUGUUUAGAGAUUUCAUUAAAAUCUGUUACACAGCAUUACAAAUAAAUAGUAAACUUAUUACUAAUGAUCAGCAUGAAUACCAAGAAGCCCUUAGAGAAAAUUAUCAAAAACUCUGUCAAAAUUUAUCAUCAUUACUUGGAGAAUCUGUGUGGCCUGAUGAUCAAGUUGGAAGUUUUAAACGCAACAGCGCGGCUCUUUUUAGUGCAAUCAGUGGAGCUAAUAAUCACACAAGUAUUGCUUAAAAUUACCAUAACAAAAUAGAUUUUCAUUACAUAUGAUUUUUUUUUUUUUUUUUUUUUUCAAUAGGUCUCUCGAUUAUCAGGACACAAAUAUUUAUAUUAUAACAUUUUUUACCAAUCUUUUUACAUAAUUUUUAUAAAUUUAUACUUAAAAUGAAUACCAAAUUUUUAAUAAGUAUUUACAAAACUUUGUCAGUUGAAAUAAGUUUUCAAAGAAAGAUUCAAUAACACUUAUACCAUGACAGGAAUUAAAAAAUAAUUAUAGGAUAAUAAUAUCUAAACGAAAAAAAAUUUUUUUAAAAAGUCUGAUAAUGAUAGAUAAGUCAAUAAAUAGUUAAUACUAUAAUAAAGCAUAUAGAUAUAAUACUUGAAAAGGGUUAAAAAAUUAAUAGCUUCAAGGUAUUUGUUUUUGUCACUCUGUCAAAAAUUUUUUCGAUAUAUAGAUUCUAUAUAUAUAUAUAUUAGGGUGAUUCAUUUCCGCAAAAGUUUUUUUUUAUUUUAAGUCCUCAAGCAAAAUCUUAAUCUACGUCGAAAAAAAAAAAUUCUCACUAAAUAUGAGCUCUUAAUUCCAAUGCUAAGCACUUGCCAUUUGAUUUCGAAGAUUUCCCAUUUAAAAUACACGUAAAUUAAAUUACUUUUUUUUUUAACAUUCUAAUACUCAGCUGCAUUUCAUGAUAUCAGGGCGGUUUUGGUCGCAACUUGUAGGGCAUUUGGUGUUCUUCAAAAGUGCCCAUUGUUACUUAGCUGUAAUUCCAGCUGUUUCACUUGUGUCCGUUGCGGAACUCAUUUUUCCUGUGAAAUUGACGUUUAUUGGCUUGCAGAACAGAAACCAAUGAAAGUACAUCAAAAAUUUUUAUAGAAAUUUUAUUCCCUUCGAAAAAAGUCCUAUGAGUCAAAUCACUAAAGUCCAUAGUUU